AUGCGCGGGGGGGGCCCUCCUCGCGGCGCGUCGGGCGGAUGGCGCACGCGCAGCAGGCGGGGGGGGAGCCGCCCAUUGAUGCGCGUGCGCAAUUGGGGUGGGUUUCAGUUCCGGGGUGGCGGCGCGUCUCCUUCCGGGGCCUCCCUGGCGCGUUUGGCGGCGGUCUGCGGCGGGGCGGCCGGGGGGCACCAUGGUGAGUGCGGGGCCUCGGCUCGCAACGCGGAGAAGGCCAUGACGGCCUUGGCAAGAUUUCGGCAAGCUCAGCUUGAGGAAGGAAAAGUUAAGGAACGAAGACCUUUCCUUGCAUCAGAGUGUAAUGAAUUGCCUAAAGCUGAGAAAUGGAGGCGACAGAUCAUUGGGGAAAUUUCCAAGAAAGUGGCACAGAUUCAAAAUGCUGGAUUAGGUGAAUUCAGAAUUCGGGACCUGAAUGAUGAAAUAAACAAACUUCUGAGGGAGAAAGGACACUGGGAAUUCAGAAUAAAGGAGCUAGGAGGUCCUGAUUAUGCUCGGAUUGGACCAAAAAUGUUAGAUCAUGAAGGAAAAGAAGUUCCAGGGAACAGAGGUUACAAAUAUUUUGGAGCUGCAAAGGAUUUACCGGGAGUUAGAGAACUUUUUGAAAAGGAACCCCUCCCACCACCUCGGAAAACUCGAGCUGAGCUUAUGAAAGCCAUUGAUGCAGAAUACUAUGGUUACAGGGAUGAAGAUGAUGGUAUUCUGGAGCCACUGGAACAAGAACACGAAAGGAAAGUUAUAGCAGAAGCAGUGGAAAAAUGGAAAAUGGAGAGAGAAGCACGACUUGCAAGAGGUGAAGAGGAGGAGGAGGAGGAAGUAAAUAUCUAUGCUGUCAACGAUGAUGAGUCUGAUGAGGAAGGUGGCAAGGAAAAAGAAGGUGAAGAAGGCCAACAGAAAUUUAUUGCACAUGUUCCAGUGCCGUCUCAACAGGAGAUUGAGGAAGCUCUUGUACGGAGAAAGAAGAUGGAGCUUCUUCAGAAGUAUGCCAGUGAAACCCUCAUGGCACAGAGUGAAGAAGCAAAAACACUUCUAGGAUUGUAACAUUGCACCAGUGUGUCCUGGUUUUUAUAUAAUCCAUCUUAAAGCACCAGGUUUAUAUGUUCUGGUAGCAAUCAGUUUUAGCUCCGAAUGUCCCUUUGGAUGUUAAGAG